UGAUGAAACUACAAGAAGCGAUAGAAGAAGUACUGAUAAUAUCCGUGCCGCGGUUCUUGUGGAAAGCAGUAGACACGAGCAGGAGCAGAGAAAGAUAGCAGAGUCCUCAAGUAGUGACGAAGAAUAUUCGGCGCCCGAGUUAUACGACAUCCCGCCGACGCGCACGGCCGAGGAGGACAUUGAAGCUUUUAACGAAAAAUCGGAGUUUCUGAUGCAAAGCGACGCAUUUUUGAAAUCGUCGAAAACCGAUCGGAAACCAGACGAGGGAAGGCUGAUAGUCGUGAGAAUUAGCGAGAAGAACGAGAACGCCCCGUUGCUCGCCGCCGACGCGACCGAGCUGAACAGCGGGUUUGACGUCUCGGGGUUGGCGAAAGUGGUUCUGUUAGAAGAUUGGUCCAAGCCGCAGCCGAGGCACAACUACGCACCGGACAAAUUCGGCGCAUUGUCUCUGUCUGAUUUCGUUUCGCCGCAGAAAAUACAGUUUUUUAAAGAGGUUGAAGAGGAGGAGCAGGGUGCGGGGGGAACUGGUGGCGCAGCAACAGGAGACGAAAAACAAGGAGAGGUUGACGGCGCUGUUGGAGAUGAACAAGCAGCGAGGGCUUCUGAAGAUGAAACCAAAGCAGAGGAUCAUUCCACAGCCGAAGAAGAUGCUGCACAGAAGAACGAUCAAGAAGCAGAGACUACUACGAACGGCAGCCAAAACACUGACCCGCAAAAAUCGCAAAGUACGAAAUCGGAGGAGGAGGCCAUGACGAACAUGCCCACGAUUCUCCGAAAACCGCGCCUGCGGGAGGGCUUUUACUCCUACAUUGACGAGACGAAACAGACCAAAAAGUGGCUUAGAAAACCACAACUCGACGAGCUCAUCUGGCGGAAGCAGCACGGCUCUCUGGACGCCAGGAGCAUUGCGGCGCGGUUAGGCGCAGAACUGGGGUAUGAAAACAUCUGGUUCUGCGACUACGCAGUACAACUAGAAGGACUACAGCGAGGAGACACUACAACAACAUCGGGCAACUACAGAGCGGAUGGAACAGAGACAAUGAAGUCAACACCGACUUUGAAGAUUCCCAUUCCGGUGGUAGAGGACGCAGACAAUUCCACGCGAAACGACACGAUUUUCACCCUCCCGGGAGAAGGGCAGUGGGUCGUAUCACUUUCGUCCUCCUCUUCAGUACAAUAUCCCGACGAGCCUCUGGUCACGGAAUACAAACCGCCCUUCGAUUUCUCCGUCACUGACGAAACGUUAUGCAAGAAAAAAACUGUGUAAGUGUAAAUCUGUGAUGCAGAAAAUGCGAAACAGUUACACUUGUGAUGCUCGACAUGCAUGACCGGCUCGCUUCCUAUGUGUUUUCCCUUUGUAUCUGCGCAUAACAAGUUUGUCCUGUCAUGGCAGACAAACUUGUGAUGCUGUUUUCCCAAAAGACUUACACUAACACAGUUUUUUUCUUGGAUAAACGUGGCAUAAACACCACACUGAGGAGGACGGAUCUACUGCAACAGGAACGGGGGCCUCAACAUCCGGGGUUGUAGACGCGGAUAAAAGUAGUGAUGAACAUCAAAACCAAAAACCGAUAGACCUCCGGGAAAUCGUGGAGGUUCUGACCCUAUCAAAUGCAAAUAAGUAUGUCUGGGUCUGGAAGGAUGCGAACUUGUGAUGCGCAUUUCGCAUGACUCAAAAAUCUGUCAUGCAUGGAAGCCAAAGGCUGCACAUUUCUGGCCACCGAAAGAAGGGCCUUGUCAUGCGGAUUACGCAUUAAGAGACCUUCUAAAUAAAACCUGUGAUGCUGGGACGUGCAUGGUAGCCCUUCUGGGUCACGCCGAAGCUGCAUCACAAACCUCUGCAUCCUUCCAGACCCAGACAUUUUUACACUUGAUACACCUCCGAAGCCCACCACCCGGAAGAAGCUGUGGAACUGCCGAGGUUUUGCGAGAAAAUCGUGCAAGAACCCCUCGAACCUACGGAGCAAGAUAGGAACUACCUCUACACCGUCUGGCGCUCGAGAUUUUCCAACACAAACUUGGUGCCAGGUGUAGAAAAUAGCGACGCUGGAGUUAGUACGAACGAGAGCAUCAACUAUGCGGACCACGACGAGGAAGCGCCACUACAUCCGUCCUCCCGCCCCCGCCUGGUCUACACCUGUGCGCCGCACACGCUCUGCGGCGGCCACGGCGACCGGGCACAGGGCAUUGUCAAUGCGUUUGUGCUGUCGUUGCUGCUCGACCGGGAUUUUUUCAUCGAUUCCGACAACCCCGUCCCCUUCGACCUGCUUUUCACCCCGAACCACAUCGACUGGCGCGUGGCCGACGUCGAUGCGAGCAUGGAGAUGGUGAACGGCCACGACUUGCGGUUUCACCAGGAGCUAGAUUGGCUGAUGGACAACCGCGCCCACACGUUGCUGAUCCAGACCAACAUCCGCGAAACGGGGCAAUUCCUCCGCCACCGGAAGCUACGGGAGAAGGCGAUAAAGCUGGGCUUGCUCGGGACGACGCCGUUUUUGAACCGGGCGAUAUGGAAUUUCUUGGUGCAGCCGGGGUUCUUUUUACAGAACCAAAUCCAAGACGCAAAGGACAAUCUGAAAAUAGGGAAAUACCUGUUGUCUAGGGAUGAAAUAACUGCCACUUCGACGAAUAGGGGAGAAGUUGAUCAUGAUGUUCCGACAUCACUAACAAUACCCGAACCCCCUGCGGAAUAUGAUCUUCAAGAGGCGCAGUCUUUCGCCGCCUACCGUCCAUACAUCGCCCUGCACUUCCGUGCAGGCAACGAAAGCAAUUGGUGGGAUCCUUCGCGACACGGCCUGCAGUCUCUGGUGAAGGAUUUUUUCGCCUGCGCGACCAAGGUCGAAGAGGUGUUGUUCGGCGGUUUCACAUCAUCAACGACACGGAGCAGUGUUCCGGCUGGUGAGCAUCUUCAGGGAGUAACCACUACAAGUUCUUCUGUGCAACAGCAGUUCCUCAACCCAGCCUGGUACCUCGCUACGGACACGAAACGGGUGUUGGAUCUGCCGGAAGUGCAGGAACUGCUCCGCGUAGACAAGUUGAAGAUGCUGGAUCCGGACGAAAUAUCCCAUUUAGACCGCUCCAAGGGCGCGCAACGGCUGAACGGGAUUGUGCCGGCGUUCGUGUCCUGGUAUCUAGUCAGCGAAGCCAACGCGGUGGUGCUCUCGCGGAGUGGUUUCGGCGAAACGGCGGCGGAGUUCGGGCACGCGGGGCAAAAUGCCUACUUUGCGGGGCAUGGAGGGUGUUUGAGGACGGACUUGAGUACGGCGUGAAAAAUGAUACUGAAAGGGUUUGUGACGUGUCGAGCGAUGAUGUCGCUAUCAGGGAUAGAAUGAAUAUAGCUUUUUGUCGCGUGCUGUUGACAAUAAUAAUUUUCCCGAGAUCAUCAAUGCAAUUGCAAGCAUGAUGUAUUGAUCGACCCGGCAACGCAAGUGGCUCUCGAUCUUGAAUCUCAGUUGAACAUUCAUGCGCAUUUGAGUUUGUAUUUGCUGCACUAAU